AUGGUCGAUACUCGAGCAGAAAUGAAUUACAGACUGCAGCACUUCGUCUAUGGCGAAAACACACAGAUCGAGACGUCGACUCCACUCACACGCAAUUUAUCCGCCGACAAGGAUUCAAUUGCAGAUUCGGGCCUCGCAGACGAAUCUCCAGCUGAGAGAAACAAGAAUUACACGCAAAAUACACAGCAAACGGGACUGUUGGGUGCCAGUUGUGAAGAUGACUUGAGAAGAUGUGCAGAGAAUCUGCGACAGGAACUCUAUCAGAGGAACAAUGAAGCAAAAAGCAAUUCCGGCGAAUUGAGCUCAAAAAUUCAGUAUGAAUAUCAGAGCACACCAGGCGGAAAAGUGGGCAGCAGAGGGUCCACCGAUCGGAAUUCCACUAAUGAUGCAUCCCGGGGCUUUCUCAGCGAUCCCUGGAAACCGUAUGUUCUCCAGUUGUACUUGCAACUCACUGUGAACGUCGUUUUGGUGGCUGUGGCCGCAUACUUGGGCUACUUGAUAGUUUCGACGCUCAGGGCAGAUAUCCACCACCAGGUCGAGCAGUGUGUCUCGGAUGCUCUUCAUGAAAUUUCGCAGUGUUCCAAGGAGUAUUAUAGGAACAAAUGUCACAACGACGGCUCGCACAAACGGGCGCCUCUCUUGGAAGACGCAUGUACCAACUGGGAACGGUGCAUGAACAGAGAUCCGCAGCUAAUGGCCAAGUCCAGGGUGACCGCCGAGAUGCUUGCCGAAAUCCUCAACGCGUUCUUGCACCGGCUCAGCUGGAAGUCUCUCUUUGUCAUUGCGGCCAUCGUCCUUGCGAGCUUUGCAACCACCUUCCUUUCCAUUGAGAGACUACAGCAGUGGCCGGCACAGCAGCAGAAGAAAUCUGCUUUUCAGGAAAGACUCAUUGAAACCGAUCACCAAGCUGAAAAUGAGCGCACGAUACUAUUGAACGAGGAGCGGUCGUCUGAACUUCCCGUUUUGAACAGCAGCAUGAUCUCUCAGGACUCGCCGCUUUCGAGAAAAAGCUCAACGCGGCUCAGCAACAAUCGAGAUUGA